AUGCGUUGGGACACUUCUGCCGAUCAACUCCUCCUCCUCAAAAUCGUGGAGACUCAUGAUAUCAGCGUCGACACCAACAAGGUUGCUGCGGCCUGGCCUGUCUCCCCCGAUGGCCAGCCGGGUCCCACCGCUCGUGCCAUUAAGGAGCGCAUUGGCAAGCUUCGUGAACUAGCCAGACGCUCGGGCACCCCUGCUGCCGCUGGCGCGUCGCCCAAGAGAGGUCGUGCAAAGAAGGCCACUGCCCCCAAGGCCGACUCUGACUCCCAGAGCCCAUCUACUCCGGCGAAGCGAAAGCGCAAGAGCACUUCCAACGCCGAGCAGGAGCCCCGUGACGAUGGUGAUGUUGAGGCCAAGAUGGAGCAGCUCAUCGACUACCCUGCUGAGCCAGCCCACGCCGAGGACACUGGUCACAUGUCUCACGAGAAUGACAAUUUCUUUGAUGAGAAUGCUUAA